UAAAAAUGAAUUUGAAAUGGAAAAUAAAUUAACGUCUUAUCAAUCUUGGAAUUCCGAAUUGUAUCAACAAAGUUUAGCACGCGUUGUUAACCAAAAACCAUAAAAACGGACACAACUUUCAACACGAAAGAUAUUGGAAUCGAAAUCGGGAGCAGAUUCCCCUGCGAAUUCUUCGGCACCAAGAAACACACGCUAGUCAUCAACGGAAAUUGGCUGCUGGCUCGUUCCCUACCAUCUAUGGCAGCAUUAGGCAAAUCGACAACAGCUUAAAUCACUUUGAGUUGGCUUUAAGCCCGACACCGGCAAAAGAACCUGCUGUCAAGCUCAAGGAUUCCGUAGUGCCGCUGCCGUUGGCAGUUAAAACUCUCACUUGACGAGAGCAGCAGCAUCGUUGAGCGGCAAUAAAGUAGAAAACCAAGCAUAGCAGUAGACAGAAUCCUCCGCCACAAUGGACGUGGAACUCGAGGAGGAGGAGGAGCGCAUUUGCCUCAGGACCGCGGAGGAGGGACAGUUGGCCAACAUGGAUGACGACAAGCUGGUUUCGGACGAGGUGCACCUGCGCCAGUUAAGUGCGACUCCCUCGUCGGCGUUUUCGCUGCAACACAGUCGGGAAAGCAACACGAAAGAGGAGGCGCCACCAGAAGGCGGCUCCAUGGGCGGGAAUUCAGCUGCUCCGGGAGAGGGGGGGGACCCCGAUGAGAGGGUGGUGCUGCGCCGGGCGGUGGACAAGGGAGCCGUCGCCUUGGCGCAAAUCGACGACCUAAAGCUAGAGGGGGAUGACGACGAAGAGGCGGAGGAGAAUGGGGGUGGGGUUGAUGGACUGGGUGUAAGUAAUCCUGCUGCGCAGACCACAGAUGACGAGCAGAUUACGGUCAGCGGAACUGGAGCAGCGGCCACAUCCUCGGUAGCAGCAGAUGGCGCGUCCUCCGAGCAGGAUGCAGCCAGCACAGCGAUGGCCACUCCGGACAUGUCGAAAAUACCCCGACUUCCCGGCGACGGUGCCCAAAUGGAGGACACUGGCACUGGCGACCUGCCGCCAUCGCUGCGUGCCUCCACCACAUCAAUUUUGUCCAAUUUGCGCAAGAAACAGCAGGGCGGCCCUCUGCGCGGGGGCGUGGUCAAGCAGACGCCUCUGCGGGUGCAGUCCGUCCGGAUUGUGGAGGCCAAGCGGGCCUACGGACCCAAGCGCCGCACUGAGAGCUGCAGCAUCUUUGGCAACAGCAAUUUCGAAAACGAUUUGGAAUCCGGAAACUCCCUAGCCAGCAUUGCUGGCCAAUCGCAGCGUCCUUUAAACAACGAGAUGUAUUCCGCCUUUAAGAGUGGCAACGUGGUCAAAGGAAUCCUGUGUCCUUCGCUGACCAACUCCUUUAAGCAGAGCUCUCUGGAACGAUCCUACCUGACCUACACGCAUCGUCAGCGCCAGAAAUCGCUUAUCAUUGUGAACGUAGUUGACUUUGUUCUAAAAAUUGUUUUGGCUUUUGUCUGGAUAAUGCGGCGAAGUAAACUGGGGCCCAUUGAAAGCGACAAUGGAACGAGCAUGGCGACGGCCAUCACUUGGUCCGUUUGCUGUGGGAUUGCGAACAUGGCCAUCUGCUUUUUGGGCUACUGGCGCUGCUUUGCCAACAACUAUUUGCACUGGGCGGCGGUCUGCACAUGGGUGCUCUUCAACAUCCAGGGAUUCGUUGGCCAAGGCGUGGGAUUUGCGGAUCGCGAGUACCUGGUUUGGUACAUCCUGUUCGUCAUCUUCGUGCCGUAUGCGAUGCUGCCACUUCCUCUAAAGUGGUGUGUUGUGGGCGGAACCAUCACGGCCAGCUGUCACCUGGCCGUAAUUACCAUCAUCAAACUGCAGCACGGCAAUCAGGCCACCAUAAAUGCCCAGUGCGUCCUUUUCCAGAUCUUUGCCAACUUCAUUCUCUAUACGGCCAUCAACGUGGCUGGUAUGUACACAAAGUAUCUCACGGAUCGCGGACAACGACUGGCAUUCAUAGAAACCCACAAGGCGAUGGAGCACAAAAAAGAAUCGGAGAAGGAGCUCCAGCGCACUCAAAAACUGUUGGAUUCAAUUCUGCCCAACAUUGUGAACAAUCAAAUUCGCAGCGAAAUGUACAAGGGCACAGACCCCACGGUGGAGACGCAGUUCAACAAAUUGUACGUUUAUCCCAUGGACAAUGUGAGCAUUUUGUUCGCCGACAUUAAGGGAUUCACCGAGUUGGCCAGCAAAACAUCGGCCCAGCAGCUGGUGAAAAUCUUAAACGACCUGUUCGCCCGCUUCGAUCGCAUUGCGGAGGACAACCACUGUCUGCGUGUGAAGCUGCUGGGCGAUUGCUACUAUUGUGUGUCGCAGUUCGAGAGCGACAACUGGAAGACGCGGCCGGAUCACGCGGUGUGCAGCGUGGAAACUGGCCUCCACAUGAUAAAGGCCAUUAAGGAUGUGCGCCUGCAUACGCACGUGGACCUCAACAUGCGAAUCGGCAUACACAGCGGUUCGGUGAUGUGCGGCGUUCUGGGCAACAAGAAAUGGCAUUUUGACGUCUGGUCUAAUGAUGUUAUCAUUGCGAAUCACAUGGAAUCCGGCGGUAUUCCCGGAAGAGUCCACAUUUCGGAGGCGACGCUCAAGUGCCUAAACGAUGCCUACGAGGUGGAGCCAGGAAACGGAGGCAGUCGGGACAAUCACCUAAAAAUGCUGAACGUUAAGACUUUCCUCAUCAAGCGCACUGAGCCAUUGAGACCCAAACGGCGCUUUGGCACGCGCAGCAGCGCCCAUUUGGCGGGAAGUGUGGCCACUGCCACUGCCGCUCCCGCUGCCGCUGCCCCCUCCGCCACGCCCACCGCCCUACCCAAAUCAAUCUCGGCCAGCGGAAGCGGAAGCAUCGGGGGGGUCACUGCGACGGGCAACGAUGGCGCCAGCAUCGACGGGCGGAGUCUGGAUUACGUGGCCACCAUUGCUGUGCCCGCCCAGCAGCCCACGCAACUUCUUCAGCAGCAGCAGAAGAAGAACAUAUCCCUCAACUCCCUGCCCAAUGUGGUCGAGGGCGUGGCCAUGGACAGUCGCAGGAUUAGGAACGGCUGUGGCGUAAUGGGUGGUGCAGCUGGCAACGGAGGCGGUGGAACGGGCCCAUGCGGCAUGUCCACCGUGUCCUCGCCCACGGCUAUGAUGUCGGCCCCUUUGGAAGUGCAGCUGCGACCAAGGACCGGAGCCACCAGCAUUCAAAACCUGGCGGAGGCCAUCGAGGGCAAGGGUCUGAUCAUUGAGGAUGAGUCCACCACCGACUGGAUACCCGAGAUUCCGUUCAAGAAUCUUAACAGUCCCGAGGAAGGACUCAAUCGAGCCGACUCCAUACUGGUCGAUACCAAGGAGGAUCAUAGAGUCUCGGUGGCCGUUCUCGAUGAGGAGAUCGACGAGUUCAUCGAGCAGAACAUUCAAAUCAAUUCGAAUAAGGAAAUCCGACGCGAGUACCUAAAUCCCUGGACCCUCAAGUUCAAGGACAAGAGCCAGGAGCAGAAGUUCUGCCAGCUGCGAGAGGAUAUGUUCCGAUCCAAUAUGCUGUGUGUGUUUGUCAUCUGGAUAUUUAUGGUGCUGUGCCAGGUCAUCAUCAUUCCACGGUGCACGCGUCUCAUUAUUUGUCUCUCGGCGGGCACCGUAAUUCUCACUUUUUGCUGUGUCCUGGUCAUGGCCGAGGAGUUUCCAGGUUUGCCCCGCUGCCUGAAGACAAACUCUGCGAAAUUGGUGCACCAACGGCAGCGUCGCACUCUGUUCAUUUGCGGCGUCAUUGUGUCCAUGUGCAUGCUGAGUGCCAUUGGACUGGUCCUGUGUCCCUCGACCAGCUAUGUGUACACCGGCGACGAGCACUCCCAAUUCCCGCGCAUGAUUUCGCCAUACAGCAACAGCUCCAUGCCGGAGAAGGAGUUCAAGCUGAAUGUCUAUCUGUCGGCCACCAUCCAUCACAAUAUCACAAUUAGCACGCCGGCCAGUGGAGGACCCACUUCCUUGAUGGAUAUUACAGUGACCACAAAUGGGAACAGUGUUUCCCUCAGUAACCUCAGCUAUUCAGAUCCUUCGGUGAUGCUAAGUUCCGCGGAUGGUGAGGGGGUGUGCGCCCAUCGGGAGUACUUGGUGUUCACCUGGGUGCUCUGCCUGGUGUCAUUGGCCACCGCCUUAAAGCUGUACUACCUGGUCAAGGCUCUGAUGGCCUUGGGCAUGGUGGCAUUCUACACCGCUCUGAUCAUGAUGAAGUUCAGCUCCACCGAGGAAUUUAGUUUGGUAGAGCUCUCCAGACUGCGCAUGCCCCUGGGAGUCCAGAUGCUAAUACUUCUAAUAUCGUUCCUGGUGAUGGUCUGCUACCAUGCUAGAUUGGUGGAGGUAACCUCGCGCCUGGACUUCAUAUGGAAGGAACAAGCCGAGCGUGAACUGACCAACAUGAAAUCCAACCGCGCGCUUAAUGACACAUUAAUUAAGAACAUCCUGCCGGACCAUGUGGCCACCUAUUACCUAUCCGACGAGCACACGGACGAGCUCUACUCCAAGAUGCACAAUCUCUGCGGCGUGAUGUUCGCCUCGAUUCCGAAUUUCCAGGACUUUUACUCCGAGGACAUCGACAAUGGCAAGGCCUGCAUUCGCAUCCUGAACGAGAUUAUCUGUGACUUUGAUGAAUUGCUGGAGGAGCCAAGAUUCGCCUCGGUGGAGAAAAUAAAAACAGUGGGUGCCACGUAUAUGGCGGCUGCGGGAUUAAAUCAUGAGCAUCUCAGACUUCGCGGCGAGACCUCCGAGGAUAGUGUCUGUGACCUGGUGGAGUUCGCCUUUGCCAUGAAGCAAAAGCUGGAGGAGAUCAAUGGGGAUGCCUUCAAUAACUUCCAGCUGCGUGUGGGCAUCUGCAGUGGUCCUUUGGUAAGUGGAGUGAUUGGAGCCAGGAAACCGGUCUACGAUAUAUGGGGCAAUACGGUCAAUGUGGCUUCACGAAUGGACUCCACGGGCGAGAACUGGCGAGUUCAGGUUCCGGAGAACACGGCGGAAUUGCUGUGCUCAAGAGGCUACACGUGUGUGAAACGUGGUGAAAUCGCUGUGAAGGGCAAAGGCAUGAUGACCACCUUUUAUGUGCAUCCCAAGGGAAUAUCGGAGAGCCAGCUGAUCUCACCGGUUCGCAUGCCAGCCGGGAUUCCCCUGGCCCAAACCCCGAAUCUCCAGCGGCAGACCUCCCAUCAUGGAUCCUUCAGUGCCGUGGUUUUUGGAAUGCUUCAGGCAAGCAAACGCAGCACAGCCAUCGCCGGAACACCCACGGGCACUCCUUCUCCGCAAAUCCGUCGAGGACAUCGGGGAAGCACUUUCAGCUCGGUCCGGUUGUCCCAAAAGUCCACCACGGUCAAUCCAGUGCGCCGGAAUACAACCCGUGUACGGGGACGUUCAUAUCGACAAAAAAAGAGUUCCUCCAACAAUUCGAUCGUCACACAAGCCAGCUCCAGCUAUAUGCCCUCGUUCCGCCGGAUCGAUCAGAUCGAGACGACGAUAUCGAAAAGCCACAACGAUGCGUUAUAGCCGAGUACGCGCACUCACUGGGUCUAAGUCGAUCUCAAGCCGAUAAAGUGUCUGAUGAAUUUAUUUUUGGAACGAUUUUAUACAAAUGGAGUUAGCCUAACACUAAAAUCACAUGGUGGAGAACGACAGUGAAGCUACUUAGUAGAAUUUUUAAAUCACAAUCCCUGAACUUGUAGAUCAAAUAAUUGUAAUUCUUGCAUUAUCUCAGCACAAAUCUAGUCGUUUAACUUAAGAAUUGUUGUUUGUAUGUGUGCGUUUGAAAUCUGCUUAGAGUAAGUAAUUUGGAUCUUCCCACAAAUGCCAACCGUACGAAAUGCCAAUAAACCUACUAGCUUUGUUCAAUUCAACCAAAAUAGGAAGCAACUAUUUUUCUAGUACUAGUAGUCAAUUUUAUCAAUAGUAAAUCAAAUAUUCAUUGUACAAACCGUUUCUUUUGAUAGAAGAGCUGAAAUGUUAAUAGAGUAAGAAUACUUAUCUGUAAAAUAUUUUACGACCAUCUAAAUGUAAAGAGGCGGACAAGUGUUACUGGUAUGUGAAAUUAAUUACGGCAAAUAAAAGAUGUAUUACUAUAUUAACA